GGCCGGCGGCCGCGGGUAUCGGCAUAGCGGGUGUCGGCGUAGCGGCCCUUCGCUGAGGACAGGCGGCGGGAGCGGCCGCCGCUUCGCUCCGUUGCCGUACAGCCGGGCCGGGGGCUGAGGAAGGCGGCGGUCCCGAGGGCGGCCGGGACCUCCCGGCGGCAGCAGGCUCAUGGUCUGCAGCACCAUGCAGGAUCCCAGCCUUUGCUCUGCGAGCCAGAGGUGAAUCCAUGGGAAGGCCAGCUAUUGUGGUAGCUGUCAGGAUGACCAAAGCACGGCUCCUCCGUCUCUCUGUGGUGCUGGUCUCCAUCUUCAUGAUCCUCCUGAUCAUCGUCUACUGGGACAACGUGGGAACAGCUCACUUCUACCUGCAUACAUCCUUUUCCAGGCCUCAUUCCCCAGAGGCCAUCCCCGGUAUCACUGCAGGUGGGGACUGGGAAGCCUUGCCAGAGGUAGAUGAGUUUUUAGCAAAGCUGCUUAGUUCAAGCCUGAAACAGAACAGCUCUACUUCCCGAAAGACAGAGCAGCUGCUCGUCCAAGGCUCCAACAAGCCAGUGGUGAGCAAUUUGGAGGAGAACAUACGGGGCUAUGACUGGUCGACGCACAAUGCCAGAAACAGCUUGGACCAAGAGAAGCUGCAGAUAGAGAGGCAGAGAACAUUGCGGGAGUUUUGUGCCAAUUCCAGCUUUGCCUUCCCCACCAAAGAGCGCUCCUUUGAUGACAUCCCAAACUAUGAGCUCAACCACCUGAUUGUGGAUGACCGCCACGGCAUCAUCUACUGCUACGUCCCCAAGGUUGCCUGCACCAACUGGAAACGGGUGAUGAUUGUGCUGAGUGAGAGCCUGCUGGACCAAGGGGUCCCGUACCGGAACCCCCUGGACAUCCCACGGGAGCACGUCCACAAUACCAGCACCCACUUGACUUUCAACAAAUUCUGGCGUCGAUACGGGAAAUUCUCCCGACAUCUCAUGAAGAUCAAACUGAAGAAGUACACAAAAUUCCUCUUCGUGAGAGACCCUUUUGUCCGCCUCAUCUCUGCCUUUCGCAGCAAAUUUGAGCUGGAGAACGAGGAGUUCUACCGGCGUUUUGCCAUCCCCAUGCUGAAGCUGUACUCCAACCAUACCAACCUUCCCACCUCUGUGAGCGAGGCCUUCGGGGCGGGCCUCAAAGUCUCCUUUUCUGACUUCAUCCAGUACUUACUGGAUCCCAGGACAGAGAAGAUGGCCCCUUUCAACGAGCACUGGCGGCAGGUGUACCGGCUGUGCCACCCGUGCCAGAUAGACUAUGAUUUCAUUGGGAAGCUGGAGACGCUGGAUGAGGACGCUGCUUAUCUCUUGCAGCUCCUCAAAGUGGACAGGCUGCUCCGCUUCCCCCCCAGCUACCGGAACAGGACUGCCAGCAGCUGGGAGGAUGACUGGUUUGCUAAAAUCCCCUUGGCUUGGAGACAGCAGCUCUACAAGCUGUAUGAGGCAGACUUUGUGCUCUUUGGCUACCCCAAGCCAGAAAACUUGCUUAAAGACUAAAAGUGAUUGGGCUGUGGGUGUGGGAGGGAACAUCUGAAAUACCAAAAAUGUUUAAAGCCUCCUCAUUUUUUGCUUUUACCUCCCUUCUCCAUAAAGGUUGGUACAAUGGAAUAUAUUUUUUCUACCGCUUCCCCUUCCAUUUUUGCAGUAAUGCCAAGUUCAGGAUAUUUCCAUCCAGCUGUGCAUAUGGAAAAAAUGCCAGUAUUUUUAUCAUUGUUUUCUGGGUUUCCUUUUUUUUUUUUUUUGAAUGUCCCCAUGUUUUGCAGUGGGUUACUGCACAUGGUCACUCUGCCAGCUGUGUCCUUCAGUAGCUUUUUAUUAAUACAUUUUUUUAAAAUUAAUAUAUUUAAGAUAUUUAAUACGAAGUGUGUGUUGUGGCAAAGGAAAGGAAGGAAUAAAAAAAAAAAAAAAGAAGUGAAAGAAAAACCUAAAAAGUGCUGAUGCAUUUGCCUCUGUGUGUCAUCUCAAGGCUAUUUGUGAUGUUGCAGGGCACUCGAAUGAAUGCUGGGAGCCCAGCAGAUGGGUCAGUCAGUGCCUGAGGACCCGUGCUGUGGUGAGGCAUGCAGCUCACAGCCAGGAUCACAGGAGGGAAGUGGUUGAAGCCCGUGGGGUGAUUCAGGAUGUGCAGAUGGCCAGCCCAGAGCCUCUGCACUGCUUCCACUUCCAGCAGCGUGGUGGAGGAGCUGUGCUGUACAGAACGCUGCAUUUGCUCAGCCUCUGCUGAAUCUUCUGUGAUGUGGUGUCUGUUCAACACAGGUCACUUGCAGCAAUGGGGAUAUAACACAACUCUCAGUGCUUUAGGGGAACGUGGCAGGGUGUGGAUAUUUACCCCUGGGUGAAGAAAAGCUGAAAGAUUUCUUUCAGUUGGUGUGCAUCGAGGUGAUCUCUGAAUUCAUUUGUUUUCAGAGUGCCAGCUACUGCUCGUGACGCUGUGCCCUCAUCUGCUGCAUUCCUGUUUGUAGCCACUGACUGAUGCAGAUUUAAUCACCUGCCUUGCUGGGCCCUGCUGCAGCAGUGAUGGUAGCCCACUGUGCUCAGCGCCUGCGGGCUGCUUCCCAAAGGAUGCAGCUUUUGGAGACAGGCUUUGUGUCUCAUCGGCUGAAUCUGCUUCUCUCUGAAUUGCUCUGUGAUCAGGCAGAGAACUGAAAUGCUUGAUUACUUUCCUGAGCUGUGAAAACGAUGAAGCUCCAGGCCUCAGGAAGCAGCCUUGUGUUCUGGGCCUUGGAGCUGCCCUCCUUGUUCUGCUCAUAGACCAGCAGCAGGUGUGACGUUCCCCCUCCAUCUCCUCACUUCCCCAACCUCUGUACACGUGUGUUGUCUCAGCAUUGUGUGCUCCUCCUGGUGAAUGUGCUGCACCAAGUUUCUAAUCUUUAAGUGAAAGGUAAUAGCUAGUAGUUAUGCUAGGAGCAAAGAAUUGCAUUCACAGCACCCUCCUGUAAUUUCUGCAGAGUUAUUUGCAGUUUAAAUGAGCCUGAAGCCAUGAUCUGAUUUUUAGCGCUUAGAUCUUCACAGCUUGGGGAAAAAGGAAGUGCUUGUUUAUGAGUCAUUAUUUAAAACUAAUAAUAGAAAAGUGUUGAUCUCUUCAAUUUAUUUUUUCAAUUACAAGCUAAUUGCUGCAAAACAGAAAGAUGUUGAGACUCUCGUCUGCUGUAAUGAGUAAUCCCGGGAGUCUGUUGGUUCCUGCAAUAUUUACAUUUCUUCAGGGUGGGUUCAUCCCAGCUCUUCAAAGUUACAGCGUAGAUGUUUUCGGCUGUUGUCUUUACAACGUGUUUGUUUUUUGUUUUUUUUUUUUUCCCUCUUCUAAUUUCCAUUUAAUUGAUGUUUAGUAUUUGCAGACGUGGGCAGCUGGGGACGCAGCGCAGAUGUGCUGAUGAGCACCGCAUCACCCGAGCUGUGCAAACUUCCUCCCAGCUGCUUCCCCUGCGCCUCUUGACCAAAUCCUGCCCCUCUGAACCGUGCUCAGUUGCAGGGCCUCUGUGAUGCUCGUGCUGCAACUGGCUGCAGCUGCAUCCUCACCUACACCACCCCAUGAGCCACGGCUGCAGCUUGUCCCACACAGAGCAUAUUUCAUGGCUUCACCCUCAGGAGAGCUCCAGUGGUGAGGGUGGUGGUGGGAGAGGGCUGCCACCCUGUCGAGCCCAGCCUGCAUUUGCUUUAAGCCAUUUCAAUGUCUGCAAACCCAUUCUCAGCCAAAGCCAUUCUCCUAAGUGCCUGCAGAGAGGAGCAGUGAUGGUCACUUGGAGAGGGCUUGCUCUGCUGCUGCUUCCCCAUAGCCUGCUCCUUGCUGCUUCCUCCUUUUGAAGCCUUCCUCCCCACCCUCCCACUGCUGUGAAUGUAUUGUGGAGGAGUCAAAGGCAACCCAGGCUGCUCUGAGCUUU